UCUUUGAAGUAGCCUCUAUUUUAACAUCAUAUUUCUAUCGGGUAUGGCAACAGGUGAAGAGCCAAGAGAGCCAAAAGAUACUCGAGGUAAACAACGCAGGGAGCAGCUGAAGCGGCUGGGCAAAGCGAACAGUGAGCUCUCAGUACAGCUGCAGACAUCUAAAUUGGCUUUAGAAAAGAGCCAUAGGAGAAAUAGAAAGCUUUUGCUCAAGGUGAAGAAGGAUAAUCUCGAAUGCGCGAUAUUGCGUAAGAGAAUAUGCUCUCUUCGGCAACAACUAUCGAAGGAAAAAGGGCGAGCGGACGAUGCAGAGUCUAAGGUCUCAGAGCUUCAAUCACGGGUUACCGAAUUAGACGAAGAAAUCAAGUUGCAUUGGGAAGAAGCAAACGGAGAACGUAUGCACAGCUGCAACUUGAUGGACGACGUUGUGGAAUUAGAAAAAAGCGCUGUGGCGAAAGAUAAACAAGUGGCGGAUUUAGAAGCAAGGUUGCAGGCCUUGAACCAAUUUGAUACAACCUCGCCUAGACGAAAUACCGACGGUAGAUCUUCACAUUCGGAUUGGAAGGAGAAUCAUUCAGAGGAUGACUCGACCGAGAGCCACCUUCUCACCGGAGACGAUCAAUCAGAUUGCGAAUCGCGAGUAGCUAUUCCCGAUGAGGGAACGUAUAAGCCACCGACCAUGAAAGAGCACUAUCGACAGGUAAUGGCAUCAAAAACAGGAAGAAGGAAGAUUGGAUUGGAGGGGAAAAGAAAAAGCGAGGAAUCGGCAGCUUGUUCGUCUCGCGACGCUCGGGAAUCGUUAUCGAAUGAGGGAAUAGAGGCUCGUUCAACGGAUACAGGUGCCACGGCGAAGCGCAUUUCCUUACGAUCGAGCAGGACUUCGAAGGUAAAGGUUGAGCACGGCCGUUAUAGUUCGACGAAGCGUGCUCGAUCCUUAACCCUGUACUCGUCGCUAGAGGAAGACCUACCCUUUACUGCUUACCUCGAGCACGCUCCCUUCUGCAAAGGCACUCUGAAGGCUCACACAAGUACAACAAUAUCAAUCUCCGACAAUCGCCUGGUUAAUAAUCCGAAAUCUAAAUACAUUCGUAUAGAAGUGCAUAAAGACGGAGAACGUGGCCUUUACACAACAACUCACGCUCCAGCCCCAGGGCAGAGCUCAAGCUCUGACUAAUUUUCCUUUCAAGUUUAUUAGAUAUUUUCCGGUCCAUUGAGUUAAGUCCAUU